AUGGUGAACAGACGGGACUCGCGGUCACCAAUCCAGCUAUGUGCGGACGUCCUUGGGCACGAGCCUGAGGAGAUUUGGAUCCUGGCCCCCGCAGACCGCCCGAUGCACCUUACGGACCGGGCCAGGCGAGUGAGGUCUAUGUUGGCUGUGGUCGACAAGGCCGAACACCCGAGGGAGCAGUCGAUUCUGAUCUUCCUCGACCUACGUGGAGUUGGCAUGUGGGUCCAGUGGUUGUGCCUGGACUCACCCUACUUCGAUCCCAUGCCGUACCUGGACUCGCUCCAGCUUGAGUACCACCCGGGCUGGUCAAUCAUAGUACGUGGAGGCCGAAGGACUGGAAAUGGCCUGGAGCUCGAAGUACAGAGAGGGGAGCUCCUCCUUGUAGAACUUCGGAUGUCUACAGAUAUCACGCCCACUGCGAGUGAGAAUGAAGGCUCCAGCGAUGAUGGGUCCGAAGAUGAUGGAGAAUCGGAGAACGAUGAGGAUGUGACCGACGAGAAUAUGGACGGCCCGGGCGACGACAACAGCGACCAGCAGCCCGAUGCAGAGCCGGACCCUGACCGUAGUCGAUCACCACGAAGAGGCGACCCGCCCACGACUACUCCUUGCAGGCAUGGUUGGGACCAUGGCAGACCUGCGAAGCUUGCCAGAAUAAUACCUCUGGCAUUGGCGGCCGUGAUCCCGCCGGCGAACUUUGUCCUCACCAAUGAGACGUUGCGCUUGCCUCACCACCCGGACGAGCUCCAGGCUCUCCUCAGGCCAUGGCCACCGGACUGGAUCGCGAAUACCACUGACAAGCUCGACAUCCACCCGCGCACUGCAGAGGCAUUUGCGGACCUUACCCACUGGAGCGACCUACUGAGUGACGCCGGUGCGGAGCCUUUGGAAGCGCAGUUCUACACGGACGGGUCCUAUAUGGACCACACUGGGAACAACGGCUACGGCACCGUGGUCCUUCUCCUUGCGGGUGCCAAGAAGUCUUUGUUUGGGCUGCUCGGAGAGCCUAUUCUGGGGCAGCCGGACUCGGCCUGGAACUUUGAGGCGCCGCCGGUCCUUCAGGCCGAGCAAACGGCAAUUGCAGCGGCGCACCUCUCCAACUUUGUGGACAUGAUCCUGCCGGGAGGCCUCAACUACCGCCACACCAAGGCACACCAGGGCGACCCGUGGAACGAGCUAGCCGUCUCAGUGGCUAAAGCGGCCGCAAAGGGAACCUUUGGACCGAUAGGCCCACCGCAGUCCAGUGCUGAGACCUUCAUGUCGAUGGAUCUAAGCUGGCUUGCUGCGGCUACGCCAGGACCGGUUGCUGGUGGACUCCCGCUACAGCAAGGACAAUUUCUGUCUUGGGAUGCAGACGUGUCACCUGGCCCUAGUCCUCUCUCGACUGCUCAAUUGGUGCCUACGGUGCCAGUUUGGCCGGGAAAGGCGGGUGAGCCUUUCAAGUUCACUGUCAAAGCUGCUACCUUGAAUGUGCAAGGGAUGACGAACAAGCAUGCAUACCUUGAGGCACAAUUUCAGGAAGCCGGAUACCAGAUCGUGUGCUUGCAGGAAACCAAAGAAUCUGGGGGCAUAUGCUGCUCCUCUGGCUUUUGGAGACUGGGAUCGGAUGCACGGUCCCACUGGGGCACGGGUAUCUGGAUCAACCGACGGUUGGGCCUCCUAUCCCGGAAUGAAUACCCCUGCUUCGUCUCAGAAGAAGAUCUGCACAUAGUGCAUCAGUCGGAGAGACUCCUGGUACUCUCGAUCAAGAUAGCCCACUUCCAUUGUGUGAUAGCUUCCGGGCACUGCCCACAUGCAGGGAGGCCAACAGAACGAAGUCAGUUCCUGAAGCAGCUCCAUGCGAUCCUGAAGCCCUUCGCCCAGGUGCAGGUCAUUAUUCUCGGAAUUGACCUGAACGGGCGCCCCCCGGCGGACUACGAGAGUGUCACUGGAGGAUUAUCCUACGGCACGGAGGAUGCUGCGGGCCAGCAAGCGGUCGAGCUCAUUGAAGACCUGGGAAUGUGGCUCCCGGCAACAUUUCCCAAAUACCAUGCCGGGCCGAGCGCUACUUUUCGGCACCCGUUGGGACAGCUUCACCGAAUUGACUUCCUGUGUGUCGGUGGCAGCGCUACCUACACGGAAGUCCAAAGCAAGGUGAACUACGAGAUGGAUACAGCUGGAGCCCAUGACGACCACUACUUGGUCCAGCUCGAACUAGCUGGCAAUUGUGGACCGACUGGGAAGGCCUGCAAAAUCUGGCGACCUCGAUACGAUCGCCAGAAAAUGGCCACCGAAGAUGGCAAGGCCACUCUCGAAGCAGCCCUGCCCCCUCAUGGGAUACCGACGUGGACCUGCACUGUCAACACCUCCAGGAUUUUCUCCAUGAAGUGA